UAUGCCGAAUGAGACCACGGGCAUGGAGAAAACGUGGAGAUCAUCGACCACCGGAAGGAUGGUAGACGAUCUGCACAGAUUGGUCAAGGCCGCUGAGAUUGCCCCGCCUUUUGUUCUGGUUGGCGCAGAACUGGGUGCGCUCAAUGCUCGGUUUUAUAGCCACAUUUAUGACACGCAUGUUUCGGACCUGGUGCUGAUCAGUCCUGUUCCAGACGACGUGUUUGAGGAGGAGAAGUGGCAGCAGUACUGGUACACACACCUGGUGCCCUCUCUGCAGAUGAUGCAGCUCUUUGCAGCUACAGGAGUGAAUCGUUUGCUUCUCAUUUUAGGCUUGCUGGAGCCAAACUUUAGUGGGAACAGUGGACCAGAAGAGCUGUUCUUACGUCAGAAAUACCUCCUGAGUAACCCGGCUCACCAGAGCGGCGCUGUGGACGAACAUUACUUCCUAAACGAGAGCGCAUCUCAAGUCAGCGAGAUUUCCAAAUUCAAGCUGCUGUCUAGCAGAACAUCUGUGAGCGUUUUAGUUGGAGACUCGUUUGAUCAGCAGCUCCCUGCUCAUCUCAACCAAGUUUUUGCUGAUGCUCAGAGGAAGAGUUUAAAGCGUGUUUACCCCCAAGCCCAGCACGUUCACAUCCAGGGAGCCGACCGGCACAUGAUCUAUAAACAGCCGUCACUGGUGAGCAAACAUUUACUGGAGCUGGUGUCAAAGAGGCAGCCAAGACAACACAGACAGUGAGGUUCUGUUCACCUACAGCUGCCAUCCCAACACCACCAGGAUGUUUUUACAGGAUAAUAUGGAGUUGUUUUUUUUUUUUUUUUACGUUAAAUCUUGUUAUAACUAAGAAAGCCGUGUAUCUGUGGCAUUGCCUCAAAAAUAUUCAGACCCCUUGACUUUGCACUCUUAAUGUUGUGGAUUUUUUAUGCAUUUUCUUCCAAUUUAUCGUAGCCAAUCCACUACUGAGGACUCGGAUGGCGUCCAAGCAGGGUGUAUAUUCACCUGACACAUACUCUCUCUGAUGUGUGCGCAGUCCACCAAACCCUUAAUAUUCACCCGUAACGUGAGGUUGGCUUCGCGUACGGAGAGCCACGCCCCCAUCUCUGUGCUCCUCCACUUUCUGUACAGGCACCCUGGGCAACCAAGGUCCUUACACAGCGCUGAUAACCCCACCCCUUAGUCCGGCCUUUCCACCCAGCAGACUAAAAGCCAGUUUUGUCUGCUGCAGGCAUUAGCCAAUUGUGCCUGCUAGAGGGCGACCCAGCCGACCGGUAGCAGAGCCGAGAUUCAAACCCGGAAGCUCGGAAUCUUAGCACUGGUGUGCAGGCGGAUUAUCCCGCUGCGCCACCUGGACGCCCUAUGGAUUUGAUUUUAAAUGGAAAUAUUUGCCCAUCAAUCUACACCUAAUCACCCAGAAUAAAGACCCUUUGCUGUGGCAUUCCCAGCAACAUAUACACCUAUAUAUAAGGCAUAAUCAUAAUAAUAACAUUAAAUAAAUAAUUAUUAUGUAUUAAAUAUUUUGAGAUGUCUUAAGCUGUGAUUCUUUGUUCAAGAGAUAGAUUCUAGAGAACUGUGUCUCCAAGAUCCUUGUAGCAUAAUUACAUGUCCAAAACCUCAGCAACAACUCAUUCAUGAAGACACAAACUCACAAACACAAACUUAAUCUACCCUCAGCUAAGAUCAUAAUAACUGUAUUUUUUAUAACUGUAUAUCAAGAAAAUUUGCAGAAAUCCUUGAAAUUCCUUGAGACUGCCAUGAUACAUGUGUCCCCUGUAUACACGUGUUCCCUGUAGGUGUAUGUGAACUUUUGACUCUGUUAUCCAGAAGUGUGUUUGAUUAAAGAAAAUGAAAUAAAGACACUGGGUUCAUCCUGA